CAAUCCUCACUCAAGAAUCCUCGAUUCCUCGAGACCGCCAGCCAGAAAUCCCACCGACCAUGUCGCUGAUCCGCCGCAGCAACGUGUUCGACCCCUUCUCCCUCGACCUCUGGGACCCCUUCCAGGGCUUCCCCUUCGGCUCCGGCAGCGGCAGCAGCCUCUUCCCGCGCAUUUCCUCCGACUCCGACACCGCGGCAUUCGCCGGCGCGCGCAUCGACUGGAAGGAGACCCCUGAGGCCCACGUGUUCAAGGCCGACGUCCCGGGUCUCAAGAAGGAGGAGGUGAAGGUGGAGGUCGAGGACGGCAACGUGCUCCAGAUCAGCGGCGAGCGGAGCAAGGAGCAGGAGGAGAAGAACGACAAGUGGCACAGGGUGGAGCGCAGCAGCGGGAAGUUCAUGCGCAGGUUCAGGCUGCCGGAGAACGCCAAGACGGAGCAGGUCAAGGCGUCCAUGGAGAACGGCGUGCUCACCGUCACCGUGCCCAAGGAGGAGGUCAAGAAGCCCGAGGUCAAGCCCGUCCAGAUCACUGGCUAAAAACGAAUGCGUCAUGGGCCUUCAGAGGAAGAUCCGAUUACCUGUGCCAACUACCGUCCGCUGUGUCGCUUUGAGGUUUCAGUGUCUGCAGUCUGGUUCUGUAAAUCUAUUUCGUCAGAGUUCCUGGUGUCCCGGCGUGCCACUCCUCCAUAGAUGCCGUCGAGACGUCUUGUGGGUCUGAGGUCUGAGUCCAUGGUGUCGUGAGUCGUGAGCUCACUACUGAGCGUUCAUAAUCAUAAAGUGUGCAAUAGAAAUGUUAGUUUUCUUGGCAA